GAAACUAAGAAAGUGCAUAUAGACACGUUGAACAUCCGCAUACCACUCAACAUAUCUCAGUUCAUUCGAUCUAAACUACAUUCAAAAUUCAUCAAGUGCAAUGAAACUAUUCAGAAACAAUUUCAGAGGAUCAAUAUAAUUGAUCCAUCAAAGCAGUCACUGAACGUUAAGUUUCAAGCAAAAGCUGCCAACCUCUUGCUGACAGUCACAAAGGCUUUAAACUUCAUCAACGUGCCCUUCUGGUUGAGCAGUGGCACAUGCUUGGGUUGGUACAGGCAGUGUGAGUUGUUUGAGAACAGCAAAGAUGUGGACAUUGGAGUUUUUAUUAAAGACUUCAAGCCACUCGUUAUUCAAGCCUUACAAAUGGAGGGUCUCACACUUGCUCUCUCCCUUGGCAAGGUGAAGCCAACAGAUGGUUAUGAGUUGGUUUUCUACAAUGACAAAGUGAAGCUGGAUGUAUUCUUUUUCUAUGAGGAAGAUGACUGCAUGUGGAAUGGAGGAACUGAUGUCAACACAGGCACCAAGUACAAGUACAUAUUCAACAAGUUUACACUCUGUUGGACCAUCUUCAUGAACAUGUUCCUGAGAGUUCCCUGCGAAACGAACACAUACAUCCAGAACAAUUAUGGGACAGAUUGGAUCAGACUGGUGAAUGAGUGGGAUUGGAAGAGGAGUCCUUCGAACGUCAUUGAAGCCGGAAAGUGGCCAAAAGACGAAUGGAACCAAGUCAUGAUAAAAUAUAUUUGA